AACAAUUUUCUUUCUCGAUUUGGGAAUAGUCUGUUUCAAUCGCAACAGCUUUCUGCCGCUGCCACUAUUGUUAAUUGGUGGAGACCAGUGAUGCCAGACGCUGUUUGGUCUACUAUAUUUUUCCUCGUUAUUUUUGCUAUCAAUCUUGUCGGUGUUCGACUAUACGGUGAACUUGAGUACUGGUUUGCACUAUUGAAAAUACUCAUUGUUUUCGUGUUCAUCAUUAUUGCCAUUUUAGUUACCUCAGGAGCUGUUGGAGAAGGACCUAUUGGGUUCAAAUUCUGGAACGACCCAGGACCCUUCGGCGUGAAUGGAAUCGGUACACUAAACGUCCUGUUGUCUGCAGGUUUUUCUUUCAUGGGAACAGAAAUUGUCGGUAUCACUGCUGCUGAAGCUAAAAACCCCACAAAAACAGUACCUCGUGCUAUCCGUAACACCUUCUGGCGUAUUAUCUUCUUCUAUAUUGUCACUAUUCUCUUAAUAGGUCUGUGUAUUCCUUACACAGAUCCCAACUUAUCCAACAGUGACGAUAAUCCUGCCACUGCAUCUUUUACGUUGGUUUUCCAGUUGGCUGGCAUUACAGCCGGAGCCCAUAUUAUCAAUGCAGUUAUCCUGAUUAGUGUUUUGUCGGCUGCUAACUCAUCCCUUUAUACCUGCUCUCGUACAUUGAUGGGUCUGGCUAGAGAUCGUAAUGCUCCUCGUUUCAUGAGCCGAUUGAAUCGUUUCGGUGCUCCUUACAUUGCCGUUGCUUUCUCCGCUAUUAUUGGAUUCCUCUGUGUGUUUGUUUCCAUUUACAGUGCGACAGUGGCGUUCACUUGGUUCUUGAGUAUUACGGCUGUUAGUGGGUUCAUCAGCUGGUGGGGUAUUGCUGUGGUUCAUAUUCGAUUUAGACGAGCUUUCAAAGCACAAGAACGUGAUAUGGAUGAUUUACCUUUUAAAGCUUUUGGUUAUCCUUGGACUACCAGCCUUGCUAUAAUACUCACUACAUUCGUCAUAUUCGGUCAAGGCUAUACUGCUUUUUACCCGCAAUUCGAUGGUGUAAAAUUUGCUUCGAACUACAUUGGGCUUCUUCCUGCCAUUUGUUGGUAUAUCGGUCAUAAACUUGUGCGAAAAUCAAAAGUUGUGCCCUUAAUUGAAGCUGACUUCGAAACAGGACGUGUCACCCAUAUUGAUAUUGAAAAGGAUGAAAAUGAAGAUAAGCAGCAUCAAACAUGGUAUCGCAAAGCACUUGCUUGGAUUUUACUUCAAUAAUUUUUAAUAGAAUAAAAGUAAAACGCAUCAGAAUACAAUUAGCAGAUCAGACCGUUGGAGACAGUAUACGAAUUUGGCAAAGCACUCGCCAUGCAUGAAUUAUCAUUAGGCAAAACGGAGAUCAAUCGAUAGAUGUUAGGCAUGCAGCAUUAU